GCUCGGCUCGCGGCCCCCAGACGCCGCCCGGCAGCAGCCGGCGGUCGCUCCCUCCCUCCCAGCUGCUGCGGCGGAGCCUGCGACCCGCUCGGCGAGGAGGGCGGGCCCCUCGGCGGGCUGGGACCCGGGCGGAAGCCGGGCGCCGAGGGGCGCGCAGGAGCCGUGCCCGCGGGGCAGAAGCCGUGCCCGCGGGGCAGGAGUCCUGGAGGCCCCAGGUGCCUCCCUGGGAGCCCCCGACAUCAACCCCGAGAACGGCGUUUCGAGGGGGUCGAGGCCUGAGCCUGGCAACUCGGUAACCUGGGGGGAGUGAUGCGUUUAGGAGCAGCGCGUCCGCUCGACACGGAAUUCCCUUUACUGGACGGAUGGAUAAAGUUCUGCGGCCUGGUGCUGAACCCCUUCUACCCCCAAGUCAGGACACUUCGAGAGCAUUUUCCCUUACACAGACCCUGUCAUAAAAGGCACCACCUUGGGAAUCAUUCACCGACCUCUUUCCGGUCUUCUCUUCCAAAACAAGACUGCAAGAAGCCUUGUUAAAGUGGAACUUCCUCACUCUUCCCCGCCAUCCCUCUCAUCAUUUAAUUGGAAAUGAAAUCCUGGGGAAGAGGGCUCCGAAUCCAGGAGCUUGGAGUUGAAAGUUGAGAAAAUGUGUUGCAAGCCCUGUGGAAGGAGUCAACUUUCAGGCUCUUAAAGACCUCAAGUCAUUAGCAUCAGCUGCUGCACCAAAGGGCAAGCCAGCGCCUCUAAGUGGCUUUAGCGCGCAAACGAGGCUCCAGAGACGGCCUCGGCCACUCCAUCCGCUCUUCCACCACCUGCUGGACGUGAGAAGCUCUCCGGAGCCCAUCUGGGCAGAAGGCAGAGCCUACGCGACCGCGAGCCCGACACCUCCGGACAUGGACGUACACGGACGGAUACAAUAGGCUCGAGAAACCCUCGAUCGCAGUUCCCGGCUCCAGGUGGCUUUAUUUGGGCGACUGGAUCCUGACCUGGUUCCGGUGAUGGAGGACCCCGGCAUCCAGCGAGGCAUCUGGGAUGGAGAUGCCAAGGCUGUGCAGCAAUGCCUGACAGAUAUUUUCACCAGCGUUUACACCACCUGCGACAUCCCUGAGAAUGCUAUUUUUGGUCCUUGUGUCCUGAGCCAUACUUCCCUAUACGACAGCAUAGCUUUCAUAGCUCUCAAGUCCACGGACAAGAGAACAGUCCCUUAUAUCUUCCGGGUAGACACCUCGGCGGCCAGCGGUUCCUCCGAAGGUCUCAUGUGGCUGCGUCUGGUCCAAUCAGCCAGAGACAAAGAAGAGCAGAACCUUGAGGCCUACAUAAAAAACGGACAGCUCUUCUACCGCUCUCUCCGCAGGAUUGCCAAAGACGAGGAGUUGCUAGUUUGGUACGGGAAAGAACUGACGGAGUUACUCCUGCUCUGCCCCUCUAGAUCCCACAGCAAAAUGAAUGGGUCGUCCCCUUACACAUGCCUGGAAUGCAGCCAGCGUUUCCAGUUUGAGUUCCCCUAUGUGGCGCAUCUGCGCUUCCGCUGCCCCAAGAGACUUCACAGCGCAGAUCUGAGCCCCCGAGAGGAGCAAGGCGGCGGCGUGGGCACCAAGGAUCACGGGGGCGGCGGCGGCGGCGGCGGCGGCGGCAGCCCAGACCAGCAGCAGCCGCAGCAACAGGACGCGCCCCUGGGUCCCGGCCCCAAGUUCUGCAAAGCCGGCCCUGUCCCCCACUACCCGGCCCCGGCCCCCGAGGGCGGUAACCCGCCCGCCGCUGCUGGAGGCGGCGGCGCGAAGCCGUCCACGGACUUUCACAACCUGGCGCGGGAGCUGGAGAACUCCGGGGGAGCCCGCCGCUGCUCCCCGGCCCCCAGCCUCCGGAGCGGCAGCGGCCACCAGGAGGCGGAGCUGAGUCCCGACGGCGGCGCCGCGGGUCUGGGCAAAGGGAAGAGGAAAUGCGCGGAGGAGGCGGCCGAGGCCGGCGGCGCGGGGCUGGCCGGGGGCCGCGGGCGCUUCGCCGAGCGGCCCCUGCCCGCCUCCAAGGAGGACUUGGUGUGCACGCCGCAGCAGUACCGCGCCGCCGGCAGCUACUUCGGCCUGGAGGACAGCGGCCGCCUCUUCGCGCCGCCCAGCCCCGAGACGGGCGAGGCGAAGCGCAGCGCCUUCGUGGAGGUGAAGAAGGCGGCCCGCGCGGCGGGGCUGCAGGAGGACGCGGCCGCCGACGGCGGGAGCUCGGCCGCCGAGGACCAGGACGCGGGCGGCGGCGGCUCGUCCACGCCCGUGGCCGCCUCGCCGGCCGGCGCCGAGCAGCUGCUGGCCCCGCGGCCCGGAGGCGCGCUGCCGGGGCGGCUGGAGGGCGGCAGCCCGGCGCGGGGCAGCGCCUUCACCUCGGUGCCGCAGCUGGGCGGCGCGGGCAGCCACGGCGCGGGGGGCGGCGCGGGCACCGGGGCCGCGGGCGGCGCGGGCGGCGGCCAGGGCGCCGCGUCGGACGAGCGCAAAAGCGCCUUCUCGCAGCCGGCGCGCUCCUUCCCGCAGCUGGCGCCGCUGGUGCUGGGCCAGAAGCUGGGCGCGCUCGAGCCGUGCCACCCCGGCGACGGCGUGGGCCCCACCAGACUGUACCCCGCCGCCUCCGACCCUCUGGCCGUGAAGCUCCAGGGAGCCGCGGACCUGAACGGAGCUUGCGGGGCCCUGCCGGGCGGCGGCGGCGGCGGCGGGGGCGGCGGGGGCGGCGGGCUGCCCAAGCAGAGCCCCUUCCUCUACGCCACCGCCUUCUGGCCCAAGAGCUCGGCGGCCGCGGCGGCCGCGGCAGCCGCGGCGGCGGCGGGGCCCCUGCAGUUGCAGCUGCCCUCGGCGCUGACGCUGCUGCCGCCGUCCUUCACGUCGCUGUGUCUGCCGGCGCAGAACUGGUGCGCCAAGUGCAAUGCCUCUUUCCGCAUGACCUCUGACCUGGUAUACCACAUGCGGUCGCAUCACAAGAAGGAGUACGCGCUGGAGCCCUUGGUGAAGCGAAGGCGGGAGGAGAAACUCAAGUGCCCCAUUUGCAACGAGUCCUUCCGGGAGCGCCACCACCUCUCCAGGCACAUGACCUCGCAUAAUUGACCCUGGCGCAGAAGACCCCAGCUUUCCCCGCGCGCACACUCACAGGCGAGCCACCUGCAGGGACAAACACUCGAGGACAUCCCCCACCUCUUUGUGACCUGAAACGUCAUCGCAUCCAGAGAGGCAGACACACACACACACACACUCACACAGUGCUCUCUCCCCGCCUUUACCUCCAGACGUUGACCCGAGCCCUACACACACACACACACACACACACACACACACAGGAUGGUGGACUUUUUUGAUCUGCUGGGUUGUUUGAGGGGUUUUCCUUUGAAUGCACGCAUUUUCACUUUCCCAAAAACAAAGGUACAUUUUUUAAAAUGUCAUAUAUUGCAACAUAUUGAUGCAUUUGUCAUACGUUUCUACUUAAAUUAUUAAGCACUUACGGUUUAGAUGUAAUAAUUAUAUGUAAGGGCAAAUUUUAUUUUAGAUAUAAAGUCAAGGAGGAGAGGGAGAUGCUUUCUGCAUUUCUUGGUUACAGUUUGUGUUCUUACAAAAAUAAGCAAAACACGUAAAAAGGGCGUCCCCAUUGAAUUUAAGUUUCCGAGGAAGUGCAUGUAUCAUGAAAUGAUUAUGGACUUCAGUGAAGAAUGUCAUCGUUAUGUAAAUACGUAUUUCCUUUUAAUACAAAAUGUAAUUUUGUGCCAGUGAAAUGGAGUCUGAAUAGUUAUGUGUUUCUUUUAUCCCUGGAAAGAUUUAUUAAGCUUUAUAGAUUAUCUGGGUAUGUUGGAUGCUUUGACAAUAAAUGACUAUUUUCUUCAAA